AUGAGAUUCAUCUCAUUUGCCGUAACGGCAGCCUUGCUUGGCUUGACAAGCGCCACGAAUUCUUCAACAUCGGGUCUACUCAAGGCCAAUGGUGUAACGCUGGGAGACUGGGAGGCUGCAUAUGAAAAGGCAUCUGCCUUCGUUGCAGGACUGACUACUGAUCAGAAGCUGGCUUUGAUCACCGGUAGCAGUGUUAGCUCGUCCAAUGGUAACUUCAGUGCCCUAGAGUUCCUUGAUGGGGAUAUGGGACUUCAGAACUAUUUCUUUGUCUCUGCUUUCAGCUUGUCCUCCGCUCUGGCUAUGACUUGGGACCGCGACGCCAUAUAUGCUCAAGCCAAAGCAGUUGGGUCGGAGUUCUACAACAAAGGCAUUCAGGUGGUUGCUGGUCCUACUUCUCAGCCAAUGGGUCGUACUCCUUGGGGUGGUCGUAAUGUCGAGGGAUUCGGCCCUGAUCCCUAUCUAAAUGGCCUGGCUACUGGCCUGUCUACCAAGGGUUAUGUCGAUGCUGGAGUGAUCCCCGGUGGCAAACACUUUCUUCUUUACGAGCAAGAAACCAACCGGACUUCCAGCGGCGGCGGCGGUGGUGGUGGCGGCGGCGGCCCCGGUGGUGCAAACGACAAAACCUUGCACGAAACAUACCUCUGGCCCUUCUACGAUGCAGUGAAGAAUGGUCUUGGCGCCGUCAUGUGCGCAAUGACCAAAGUCAAUGGCACUUACAGCUGCGAAAACUCGGAUCUCCUGAUGAAGACGCUCAAGACAGAGCUUGGCUUUCCGGGUCUGGUCUGGCCCGACAUGAAUGGGCAAAACAGCGCCGAAGGAUCAGCAUUAGGCGGCGAGGACUAUGGCUCGAGCAGCAUCUGGAGCACUUCUACAAUGAAGACUCUUCUGUCGAAUGGUACCCUCACCGAGGCCCGUUUGAACGACAUGACCAUUAGAAACCUUAUUGGGUAUUACCAUGUCAAUCUGGACAACGGCCUUCAACCUGCGAUGCAAGAUCAGGAUGCCUAUGUGGACGUACGAGGCAAUCAUUCCAAGCUGAUCCGCGAGAACGGAGCCAAGUCGAUGGCUUUGUUGAAGAAUGAAGGCACUCUUCCGUUGAAAAAGCCCCGUGUGAUGAGUGUUUUUGGAGCCCAUGCUGGCCCGGUCAUGGGAGGUCCGAAUGCUGCCAUGAACGUCGAAGGGUCUGGCCCGACCUACCAAGGACAUUUAGCCACCGGCACAGGCUCUGGACAGGCAUCUGUUCCUUACGUGAUUACCCCUUACGUUGCCCUAACUAUCAGAGCUGCGCAAGAUGCAACUAUGAUGCGAUGGAUUAUGAACGAUACUUAUAGCUCUAGUGGAGGAUCCACGCUGAUUCAAGAAGGAACUGACAGUACCGCCGUGUCACCCUCCUAUGCCAAUUAUGCUACCAACUCGGAUGUCUGCCUCGUUUUCAUCAAUGCUCUGUCAGGUGAGGGUGCCGACCGCACUGAGCUGUAUAACGAGGAUCAAGACACCAUGGUGAACACGGUUGCAGACAACUGUAAUAAUACCGUGGUUGUGGUCAACACCGUUGGGCCCCGACUGCUGGACCAGUGGAUUGAGCACGACAACGUGACGGCAGUUCUCUACGGAUCUAUUCUGGGCCAAGAGUCGGGCAACGCGAUUGUGGACCUUCUCUAUGGUGAUGUGAACCCUUCCGGCCGUCUUAUCCACACUAUCGCCAAGAACGAGAGUGAUUACAAUGUGGAGCUCUGCUACACUGCUCAAUGCAACUUUACUGAGGGAGUCUACAUUGACUACCGCUAUUUCGACGCCAAGAACGUUACUCCCAGAUACCCAUUCGGUCAUGGUCUUUCUUACACCACUUUCAAGUACUCGGAUCUCGCCAUCAAGACCCCUUCUGCCACGACCAGAGCUCCCCGAGGUAACCAUACCGUCGGUGGAAACAGUGAUCUAUGGGACGUUGUGGGAACCGUCUCUGCGCGCAUCACCAAUAAUGGCACGCUUGCAGGUGCGGAGGUUCCCCAGCUGUACCUUGGCUUCCCAGAUGCCGCAGAUCAACCUGUUCGUCAGCUCCGCGGAUUCGAGCGUGUUGAACUACGGGCAGGACAGGAGUCUAUUGUUACGUUCAACCUGCGUCGUCGCGACAUUUCAUACUGGGACGUGGCUGCUCAGCAAUGGCUUGUUGCUUCUGGGAAAUACCAGGUCUAUGUUGGAGCAAGCUCUCGCGACUUGAGAUUGACGGGAGCAUUCUCUUUGAGAGUGAAGGCUUAGUAUGGUUUGCCAUCGAACUAGCUUGUGCCCAACAUCUUGCCCUGAUAAUAGAGUGCUUACCUGAAGGCUACACCUCCCAGAGGCUUU